AUGGCCAAGACCAAGAACACUUUGUUCGCGAACGUCAAGGCUCAAGAGGAGCGAAAGCUCGUCGACAAACUCCGUGACAUCGGCCUGGGCCAGUACAUUGAGUUGCCUCAAAUCGCCGUCAUGGGCGACACCUCCAGCGGGAAAUCCUCGCUGCUGUCGGCGCUGUCGGGCGUUUCCUUUCCGUCCUCCGACCAGCUCACGACGAGGUGCCCCACGCAACUCGUUCUCACUCGCGCCGACGCUUUUCGGGGCACCGUUCGGCUGGUUCGCUUCCAGUCUGGAAGCUCCGGUGACAACGAUGACGGGGAGGAAAAGGCUGACCUGCAACGCCUGGAAGACGUCCCCGACGCCAUCACCAAGCUCACCCAGAAGCUGGUGGACGAAGGCCAGUACAUCAGCGACGACCAGAUCGUGAUCGAGAUGUGCGGGCCCGACCUACCGAACCUCACGCUCACGGAUCUGCCGGGUCUGGUGCGCACGGUUGGCGACCACGAGGACCAGAGUAUCAUCCCGAGGGUGCGGCAGAUGGUGGACCGGUACAUGCAGCACGAGCGCACCGUGAUCAUCGCGGUGGUGCCGGCCAACGUGGACAUGCACAACACGGAGAUCUUGCAGGCGGCGCAGGAGGCGGACCCGAACGGGACGAGGACCAUCGCCGUGGUGACCAAGGUGGAUCUGGUGGACACUGGCGCCGAGCUGGCGGUGCACGAGCUGCUGCUGAACAAGAAGAAGCGCAUGCACCUGGGCUACCACGCAGUCAAGUGUCGGAGCCAGCGCGAGUUGACCAAGGGCACGAGCAUCGAGAAGGGCGUGGCGAACGAGUUGGCGUUCUUCGGUCAGCACGAGUACUGGCGCAAGCUGCCGACGCAUCUGUGGGGGGUUCCGAGGCUGAGUGAGCGGUUGGUGUCGAUCUUGCAAGACAACAUUCGUCGCUCGUUGCCGAAGGUCAUCGCGGAGAUCAGUGCGUUUAUGGCUGAGACGCAGAAGACGUUGUCGAGUCUGGGCACGCCGUUGGAGUCUCCGGUGGCGCAGCGUCAGCAGUUUGGCAAGUGGGCCGACCAGUACUUGCGUUUGAUGGAGGCCGCCAUGUCGGGGCAGUACGAACUCCUCCCUUCAUCGUGUUCUACCUCAGAGCAAGACGGAGUGGUGGAUCGAUCCCAAUGUGAUAUAGACGUUCGACUUCGUGCGGUGCUUCGAGUGGAUGAAGCUCAAUUUCAAACAGCAGUGGGUGAUUCGAAGGAUGAUGCCAUUGGAGGUGGCCCGAAGAAAACACAAGAGCAAGUCGCUGCUGGGGAUGCUGUGCAAGUUAAAGUCGGCAAUCAGUGGCGAUGCGGACGCGUGGCUGGAGUCGACGGAACUAGUAUCUGGAGUGCUGAAAUUGACACGUUCUGGAAGUCCAAGGAUCAAUGGCGCUUUGAUGAACUUGCACCGCUCAAACGGUUUAUCCGAGAGAAUCGAGGCGAUGAGCUGGCCAUUUUCCCGUCGUACCAGGUAUUCUGCAACCUGUUUCGGAAGUGCGUGGACAAAUGGGUCACGCCGACGCAGCAACUCGUGACGGCGUACCAGGAUCAGACGAAAUUGGUCUCGGACCACGUGGCUGGCGAGCUUCGGGCUACUUCACGAGUGGUGAAUUUCAUCAAAACUGCGGCUGCUGGCGUACUUGAGCGUGUGGUCGAGGCAGCUAGACAAGAAGUGAGCAGCCUGUUGCGAGCUGAAGCUCGACCGUAUACCCAAGACGAACGUAUUUUCGCGGAGCUGGACCAGCAGCGCCUGCAAGCUCUUCAGGAUCAAGUGAAAGCCGCUGCCCCAGUUGACCAGUAUGGUAAAGUUGUGCUCGCAGAGGUACUGAAUGCCGUCGAAGCCGUUGCACUCGCGACAGAAGAUCGUGAGGUGCUGGAGAUGCACGUGGCGUUGCAGGCGUACUUGGACGUGGCGAUGCCGCGCUUCGUGGACGCGAUCCCGAUGCGGUUGAACGACUUGGUGUUGCGCAAGUUUGUUGCGGAGAUGACGAACGAGCUUAACAGCUUGACGGACGAGAAGCUUGCGCGCCUGAUGCAGGACCCGGAGCACAAAAUCGCCGAGCGGAACCAACUCAAGGAGGAACUGGCCUGCCUGGCCAACGCCAAGAAGGAGAUCGAGCUGGUUUGUUGA